ACCUUCACAUACAAACUCUUGCAUACCAACUGCUGUGCCACUCAACCAGUUCGUAGCAGAGGCUCUAGAAGGACAAAUAUGGCGAUGCCUUUGGUGCUAUGGCGGCCGGUACACCGAUCCUUGGCCUGCCAAAGGCCACGUAACAUCUCUGUCCUAUCAGGGCAACGUCUAAAGGUGAAUUCAAUCCGACCAAAGUCGAGCAUAACAUGUCUAGGAGCAGGCACACCUCACCUACAACAGGGAAGCCGUCGUCUAGAAGUUGUUUUCCCUUGGAAACUUGGAGCUACAAGGAGCUUCUCUGUGUUAAGAGAGCGCCAAAGGCUUGAAGGAGAAUUUAUGAUGGAGAAAGUUUGUCUAAACGAAGCUGCGAGGGUGGUGGAAGUGGAGUGGUCAGGUGGAGGUGUGAGUAGGUUUCCCUACGUGUGGUUGAGGGACAAUUGUCAGUGUCAGAAGUGUUUUAACCCGGAUUCCCGCGCCAGACUGGUUCUGAUGGCGGACUUGGAUGUCAAACUUUCCCCUGUCAGAGCGGAAGUUCAAGCAGCGGGAAGCUUGCUGACCGUUGAUUGGCCAGACGGACACCAGAGUCAAUACGAUUGGCCCUGGCUUAAGGCGCGCUGUUUCUCCACACAGGCACUAGAAAAGAGGGGAAAAGACUGGCAGAGAAAGACCCAACUGUGGGGGUCCGAGUUAGCGCAGGACUUGCCCAAAGCUGACUUCUCAGUCCUACUAACAGACGACCGCGCCCUGUACGACUUCCUGUUCCUCCUGGACUCUGUCGGCCUCGUUCUGGUGCAGAACGUGCCAUGCGAAGUCGGACAGGUGGACAGACUGGCCAAUCGGGUGGCGUUUCUCAAACACACCAACUAUGGUAAGGAGUUUGUUGUGAAGAGUAAGCCGAACCCUAGUAACGUGGCCUACACCAGCGCCAAACUGGGACUGCACACGGACCUUCCGCAAUACAACUAUACUCCAGGGGUUCAAAUGCUCCACUGUAUCGAGCAAAGUAAGGGGGAGGGGGGCGACAACCACCUUGUAGACGGCAUUAACGUCGCCUACCAGCUGAAGGAGGAAAACCCCGAAGCCUUCAGACUUCUCACCACGCUCAAGGUCAACUUCAAGGACGACGGGUUGGACUAUCAUAGAUUCGAUCUGAGGGAGAGGCGUACUAUACUCAGUCUGGACGAUCAGGGAAAUGUGGAGUCCAUCAACUAUAACGACCAGGUUCGGGACUCCAUAUUGGAUCUGCCAGCCGAGCAGGUCCAGCCGCUGUACGACGCGCUGAAGGCCUACAACACCAUCAUGUACCUACCCAGGAACUGUGUACGGCACAAAAUGGCAGCAGGUGAGAUGAUCGCCUUUAACAACACCCGCACCCUGCACGGCCGCCUGGCCUACAGUCUAACCGGCGGGACCCGCCAUCUGCAGGGAGGCUACCUGGACUGGGACGAGAUCUACUCGCGCAUGCGCGUUCUCAAGACGGACCUGGGGAUCUAGAAAUAGAUACAGUCAAAUCUGCCCAAGACGACUAUCCGGUGGACCGGGCAAAAGCGGUCGAUUUGGUCAGGUGGUCGGUUAGAAGAGUAUCGACUCACAACAUGCUCGAUGC